UUUAAGUGACUUUGGGCUAUAAACCCAGCAGAAAUCUGGCAACCCUGGAGGACACCUUCCUUUUGGGUCCUGAUGUGAGGGCCGCACGUGUGUGAAACAUACCAAGAUGUCUGAUUUGCAGAUGAGACUUCUGCGCAAGAAAAUCCAGAAAAGGAACGACAAAAUCAAGAAACGAAAUCUGCAGGUCAAACAGAAGCAAGAGGAGGAUGAUGAGAGCAGCAAUGUUUUGGCAGAGACCACCCCUGAAGUGAGCAGCGUUGCAGUGGCGUCGACUCAGGAGACGGUGGCUGUAAAGAAGCAUAAAAAGUUGAACAAAAACAAGCGUAGUCUGUCUGCAGAUCCCCGAACACAGAAAGUAAAAAAUAAAAGGAAAUGUGUUAAUGGUUUGGCUGAAACUGAAACAAAAAAGGCCGAGGAGGAGGAGGCGGAGGCAAGGAACACAGGAGAUGCUCAUGAAGAUUCAGUAGAAGCAGCACCUCACACAGGAGCAGAAAGGAACUCUGACAAGGAAGAGAAGUCAGAAGAUGAAGAGGAGGAUCAGCAACAGCUGCCAUUAGGGCUAACGGGUGCUUUUGAAGACACUUCAUUUGGCUCCCUCAGUAGCGUUGUCAGUGAACACACAUUGAAGGGAGUGAAAGAUAUGGGUUUCGAACAUAUGACUGAAAUACAGCACAAAAGUAUUAGACCCCUGCUGGAAGGCAGAGAUGUUUUGGCAGCUGCUAGAACGGGCAGCGGAAAAACGUUGGCAUUUCUUAUACCUGCCAUUGAAUUGAUCUAUAAGUUGAAGUUUAUGCCUAGAAAUGGCACUGGGGUCCUCAUCCUUUCACCGACUCGUGAGUUGGCAAUGCAGACCUAUGGGGUGUUGAAGGAAUUGAUGACACACCACGUUUACACCUAUGGCUUGAUUAUGGGAGGCAGCAACAGAUCAGCUGAAGCACAGAAACUUGCAAAUGGAACCAAUAUUCUCGUAGCAACUCCAGGCAGACUGCUGGACCAUAUGCAGAACACACCAGGUUUUAUGUUCAAGAACCUGCAGUGCCUGAUUAUCGAUGAAGCAGAUCGUAUUUUAGAUGUUGGAUUUGAAGAAGAAUUGAAGCAGAUUAUUAAACUUUUGCCAAAACGGAGACAAACUAUGCUUUUUUCUGCCACGCAAACUCGCAAAGUGGAAGAUCUAGCCCGGAUCUCCCUGAAGAAAGAGCCUUUGUAUGUUGGAGUUGAUGACAACAAAGAUACAGCAACUGUUGAUGGUCUGGAGCAGGGCUAUGUUGUGUGUCCAUCAGAAAAAAGAUUAAUGCUGCUUUUUACCUUCCUGAAGAAGAAUCGCAAGAAGAAGCUCAUGGUGUUUUUUUCCUCCUGCAUGUCUGUGAAAUUUCAUUAUGAGCUGCUGAACUACAUUGACCUGCCAGUAAUGGCAAUUCAUGGAAAGCAGAAACAAACUAAGCGAACCACCACGUUUUUCCAGUUCUGCAAUGCAGAUUCUGGAACAUUGCUGUGUACGGAUGUAGCUGCCAGGGGCCUUGAUAUUCCUGAAGUGGACUGGAUAGUUCAGUAUGAUCCUACUGAUGAUCCAAAGGAAUACAUUCAUCGUGUUGGUAGGACAGCCAGAGGUAUUAAUGGAAAAGGACAUGCCCUUUUGAUUCUUAGACCUGAAGAACUGGGUUUCCUGCGGUACCUCAAACAGGCUAAGGUACCACUAAGUGAAUUUGAAUUUUCCUGGAGCAAGAUUUCAGACAUCCAGUCACAGCUUGAGAAACUGAUUGAGAAGAACUACUACCUGCAUAAGUCUGCUCAGGAAGCUUAUAAAGCCUACAUCAGAGCGUAUGAUUCGCAUUCACUCAAACAGAUCUACAGCGUCGGCACGCUGGACCUACCUAAAGUCGCCAUUUCCUUUGGGUUCAAAGUACCUCCAUAUGUGGAUCUCAAUGUAAACAGCAGCCAGGGGAAGAAAAUGCAGAAAAGGGGAGGCGGUGGUGGAUUUGGUUAUCAGAAGUCCAAGAACGUGCACAAAUCCAAGAUCUUCAAACACGUGAACAAGAAUCAAUCGGACAGGAGGCAGUUUUCUCGUUGAUACGAAACUGGAAAUUUAGCGAUGCCUUAUGCUAAACUUCGAUUUUUUCAGACUGCAGCUUACUUUUGAUAUUUGUUUUGUUUGUUUCAACCUGUUGUCAUAUUAAAUAACAUUCCCAUUGUUUUAAUGUAUACAUUUGUAGUGGGUAACUAUGCUGAUAUAUGAUUAAAGUCUUGGUGAAAUUCCA